AUGGCACCGCAAACCCCGAUUCUAGACAAGUUUCUAGGCAGCGUCGCUGAGUUGGUACAAAGUCGCGAUGGGCGAAAACUCCAAGAUUUCCUCCAGAUCGAGCCUCCUUUAUCAGAAAUCUACCAACGAAUGAUCGAAGAAUUGCGCCAACGAUAUCAACCGGGGCCACAAAGCGAUGGAGAGCUCCAGCAACGAUGUGAAACCCUCGUCCCGCGAACAAAGGGAAGCUCUUCAUGGUCUGCCUUUCCGACUUUCAUGAAGCUAUACUUCUCUUUUUUGCGCGAUGUCAAUGUCGACAACUUGCUGGAAACUUAUAACAUGCUCCGGGCUUUGCUCAACCAAUGUGUCCUAGCCCUUGGAGAUAGUCAAAAUGGAGUUAUUGUUCUCCCCACUGUUUUAUAUCUUUCGAAAGUUCUCGCGAAGCUGGCAAUGGGAUUGGAUCGCCAACCGGAGUUGAUUGCGCAUAUUCUACGAUCGGAGGGGGGUGCAGAUCGCGAAGAUAAUAUUGAGAAGGUCACACUUGUUGAACAAUCUGCCAACGUUGUACGGGAGGCUUUUAUCAAGUGCUUGACCGAUCGCAGUGGCACCCCGGGGCCCAAUGGCAAGCCUGAGGGUAAGCGCAUGGGCAUUUACCUGAUGGCUAACUUGUGUCUGAAGCUAUUGUUCAAGUGCGGUAAACUGCGCAACGCAGAACAGAUGUUUGCUAGUAUAAGCGCCCAAUCGCCUCCCUUGAUACAUUUCCCUGCUUCCCAACGUGUCACCUAUCUCUACUACUUGGGUCGCUACCUUUUCUCCAAUAACCUCUUCUACCCCGCCCACAUUGCCCUAAAAGCUGCUUAUGACCAAUGCCACCGCCAAGCAUUCAAGCAACGAAGUCUCAUCCUCACAUACCUCAUUCCAUGCAACAUCAUCAUGGGUCGAUUUCCAUCAAAAGCACUCCUUCAACGUCCUGAAGCACAAGGACUGGCUGAACAGUUCGAACCACUCUGCCGCUUGAUCGCCCGCGGAGAUUACCUUGCUUUCCGCCAAUAUCUUUCGUAUGAUUCACAACAAGGACAAUGGUUUGCGCACAAGGGCAUUCUGCUCACCCUGCGCAAUCGAUGUGAGAUUCUAGUGUGGCGCUCUUUUUGUCGCAAAGUAUUUAUACAUGGGGGGUUUCUGGGAGAUCCGCAAGCGCAGGCGGCGCGUGGCCCGCCGCCCUACCUGUAUCUUCACAAACUGCUCGUAGCUACGAAGUGGCUUCAGGCACGUUCCAAACUGUCACUGACAAAUGGCAUGACAAAUGGAAUGACAAAUGGCACGAACCAUGCCUCUUAUACAACCCCCUACGGCUCGCAGAUUAUCUCUGAGCCUACGGACCCGGAUUAUAUUGGUCUUGAGGAUCGACAGAACAUCAGUACCAAUGGUGACCACGAGCCGAUGGAAAAAUACGGCGAUUACUUGGCCCCAGCUGCCUUCUUCGACGAAGGCGGAUGCUUAGAAAAUAAUGUUUCCGGUGAAUUAAUCGACGGCAUGCCUGAUUCAGACUACGCAGAUUAUUCACUUGAUCCAUAUGCCGAAGAAAAUAUAAUAGAAACACAGUCAGCACUUUUGAUGGGUGAACUCGAGUCCAUUCUCGUCUCCUUGCUCACCCAGGGGUUGAUACGUGGCUACUUGACCCAUCGAAACCCCAGAUUUGCUAUUCCUGGGGCGCGACUACGAGGUGCGUUGCCCACUGGGUUUCCCAAUGUAUGGGAAACCAUUGGGACGCGAGAAAGCGAAGACGACAGUGUUCCUGGGUGGGUCAAACCAGCGCCUGCCAUGCUAGGAGGGCCAGCCCUAGCUGCGGCUGGCGGUCGUGUGGUGAACCUGUCCGGGGCCCGACCUGUUGGCUUGCAAUAA